CAACACAUAACAAUUUUAUGACAUCACAAGUUUGAAGUUAGCACCUACGUUACAUCUGACAAGUUGUUAAAGACCUGGGAUUUAGAUUGGAGCGUUGCACUCAGAUACUGACUGAAACUGAUCCGGAUGUGCAUUUUGAAGUGAGCACACAUGAGACCUCAGCCGACCGAGCCAGCUAACUUCGGGUUUAGAGCCUGGAUAACUUGAAUGGAGAUUAAUUAAUGUAAUCAUGCAGCUCUUUUAGACUUUGCAAAUGUUACUGGCCUGAAUGGCUCCAGUUAUGACACUGAAAUUAGUCAUUUGACGGCUGUAUGCUGUAUCCAGAAAGUAUCCACUGUUUAGAGAGGCUGUAGCUCAGGAGGUAGAGCGGGUCGUCUAGUUAUCGGAAGGUCGCUGUUUUCGAAUCCCCGGCUCUCCCAGCUGCACGUUGAAGUGUCCUUGAGCAAGAUGCUGAACCCCAAAAUUGCUCCUGAUGAGCAGCUGGCACCUUGUACGGUAGCCUCUGCCAUCAGGAUGUGAAUGAGUGAAUAUGAUAAAUGUUUGUAAGUUGCUUUGGACAUCAGCAUCUGCUAAAUGCCCUAGAUGUAAAUGUUUACAGUAGCUUCUUUCACAAUGUUGGCUUCUGGGUAACGCGUGUUUUUAGGGGCUGCAGUGCGUCACGUGAUGAUGUCAUUAAUAAAUGAAUUUGUAAACUAAUCAAUUAAUGCCUAUAUUGAUUGUACAAUGGGUAAAAAUGCUUUAUAUCUAUUUCCACGUACUCAAAACCUUCAAAUGUCUAUAAAAUUGCCCACUCCGGGUCCGAGGUUUUGCGCGACUCCACUUCCGUGUUUUUUGACGAGCCGCUGUUGGAUCCAGUCCUGCGAUUUCUUCCCGCUCAAAGCCGAUCUUGCUGCAGGGAGGAGCGACCGGAGUGCAGUUGAGCUGAGCUGAGAGCAUCACAACCCGCAUUCAAGGAAACGGGCACACACAGCACUUUUCUUCUCUCUUUUUUUGGGUUGGGGGUGACUUUCCGAGAUUCAUUGUCGUCUUUUAACACGAAGAAACAGACAUAGUCGAUGUGGAGAGUUAUGGACGCCGCCUGUCUUUGAGGGUAGCUGGGGAUCUCUGCCCAGUCAAGGGAGACCCCCCCGAUUGUUUCCUGCGCCAAGAACUGUAAAGACAUGGUCAUCACACCGCAUCUGUGGUAAGAUGAACCGCAAGCUGUGAACGUGUGUCAGAGGAUGCUGCUGAUCCGCGGGGCCCAGUGCUGAGGGAGGUCCACGGAGCCAACUGGUGCCCAACAUGUCUCACCACCACCAAUACCAGCGUGGCCCCCACGGCCGCACCAUGAGCUCUGAGGAGAGGAGUGGCACCCCAGUCAACAAGACCACCUCCACACCGGUUCACAAGAGCGCCUCUUCCUCUUCCUCUUCCCAGCGCGACAGCCGGCAGGAGGCAGACAGCUGGGAAAUCAUUGAAGGGCUGAAAAUCGGUCAGAGCAACGUCCAGAGGCCCGAUAAGCACGAGGGUUUCAUGUUGAAGAAGCGGAAAUGGCCCCUGAAAGGCUGGCACAAGCGAUUUUUUGUUCUGGACAAUGGUAUCCUGAAGUACUCCAAGUCCCCCAUUGAUAUUCAAAAAGGCAAACUUCAUGGCAGCAUCGACGUUGGCCUCUCAGUCAUGUCCAUCAAGAAGAGGGCUCGUCGUAUCGACCUGGACACCGAGGAGCAUAUCUAUCACCUCAAGGUCAAAUCUCAAGACAUCUUUGAUGCCUGGGUGUCAAAGUUGCGUCAUCACCGGCUUUACCGCCAGAACGAGAUUGUGCGAUCUCCGCGGGAGGCCACCAUGCGAACGUUUCCUCCCCCAGCUGCCAUUGAGUCCCCCCAACCUGCUUCGAGUGUGGUACGGGAAGUCAAGCAGGCGAAGCCAAGCAGCUUGCCGUGGCAGCCGGUGGCCCCCAACAACAGCAGCAACAGCAGCCUGCCAGCCUCCUACAGUAACGGCCAGAGCAAGGUGGCUGCAUGGCUGCAAGAAUCAGAGGAGAUGGACAAGUGCGCAGAGGAGCUUGCACGAUGCCAGUCCAACCUGACCGAGCUGAGCCGGUUAUUGCAGAGUCUGGAAAUUCUGCAAAGGACACAGUCAGCGCCCAACUUCACAGAAAUGCAGACCAAUUGUGUUGAGUUGUCAAAGAAAGAAAAGCGCUUGAACAGAAGAUGGAGAACUAAAAGUGUCGGCAAAGAUGCAAAAUUCCAGCUUCAGCUGAUUGACAGUGGUCCUCUGUGGUCGUCGUCUCUCUCGAAGGUCCCCCUGUCUACCAGCAUGUCCCCCGUCCGCCUCCAUUCAUCCAAUCCUAACCUGUGUGCCGAGCUGGUGGACUUUCAGCCCCCCGUCUCGCGGCUGACAGACAGCGGAGAGUGUGCGAGUGACUACAUUAAACUUCAGGAGGAAUUCUGCACCAUCGCCCAGAAAGUCCACUCUCUGCUGAAGUCUGCCUUCAACACCGUGGCCAUAGAGAAAGAAAAGAUAAAACAGAUUCUGUCCGACCAGGAGCAGUCGGACCAGUCAGCCCAGAUCAACUCUCUCAGGAAGUCUCUGUCACAGGCGCUGUCCCAAAAUGCAGAACUUCGCACCCGACUCAACCGCAUCCACUCUGAAUCAGUCCUGACUGAACAAGUUGUCAGUGUGAACAUCAUCUCCACGCCUGACGAGGCCGGGGAACAGAUGGGGAUCCCUCUGACUCAGCAGGCAUCUAAUGAGAGCCGACUCUCCAUGUCGGAGUCCGUCUCAGAGUUCUUUGACGCCCAGGAAGUGCUUCUGUCAGCCAGCUCGUCUGAGAAUGAGGGCUCAGACGAUGAGUCAUAUGUCAGCGAUGUGAGCGAUAACAUUUCAGAGGACAACGCCAGCGUGACUGAUAACGUCUCCAGACAAAUGGCCAACGGAGACUUUGCUGGCUGUGCCUUCCGUAACGGGCGGCGCACCUGCCUGCCGGCGCCAUGUCCUGACACCAGCAACAUCAACCUCUGGAACAUCCUGAGAAACAACAUUGGCAAGGAUCUGUCCAAAGUGUCCAUGCCGGUGGAGCUCAACGAGCCCCUCAACACCCUGCAGCGCAUGUGUGAGGAGCUGGAGUACAGCGAGCUGCUGGACAAGGCCGCUGAGACGGAGGAUCCCUUUGAACGCAUGGUUCUCGUCGCCGCUUUUGCCGUCUCAGGCUACUCAUCCACCUACUACAGAGCAGGAAGUAAGCCAUUCAACCCGCUACUCGGAGAGACUUAUGAAUGUAUUCGGGAAGACAAGGGCUUCUGUUUUUUCUCGGAGCAGGUGAGCCACCACCCUCCCGUCUCCGCCUGCCACUGUGAGUCUAAGAACUUCACCUUCUGGCAAGAUGUGAGAUGGAAAAACAAGUUCUGGGGAAAGUCGAUGGAGAUUUUACCAAUCGGGACUGUGAAUCUCACGAUUCCCAGGUUUGGAGAUCACUAUGAAUGGAACAAAGUCACCACCUGUGUACACAACAUCCUCAGUGGACGACGGUGGAUCGAACACUACGGGGAGAUCACCAUCAGAAACACAAAGAGCAGCGCCUGCCUCUGCAAACUUACCUUUGUCAAGGGAAACUACUGGAGCUCUAAUGUGAAUGAGGUUCAAGGAUUUGUGAUGGAUCAAGAAGGGAAAGUGAUCCACAGGCUGUUUGGAAAAUGGCACGAGGGUCUUUACUGCGGUGUCCCACCUUCUGCCAAAUGUGUCUGGAGGCCAGGCUCCAUGCCCACAGACUACGAGCUGUACUAUGGCUUCACCAGGUUUGCCAUAGAACUGAAUGAACUCUGCCCCGAGCUGAAAGAUGUUCUGCCGCGUACAGAUGCCCGAUUCAGGCCCGAUCAAAGGUAUCUGGAGGAGGGGAACUUGGAGAUGGCCUCCUCAGAGAAGCAGCGUAUCGAGGACCUGCAGAGAACCAGGAGGAAGUGGAGAGAGGAGAACGACGCCAAACAGGAGCCGUGCUUCUUCAAGAAAGUGGUUGAUGCCAAUCACAGGGAGAGGUGGGUCUCCAACAACACGUACUGGGAGCUGCGCAAAAACCCCGGCUUCAUCAACAUGGAGUAUACAGUGAGCCUGUGGUAGCACACGGACCGACAACAUCCGUCACAUCGUCAUCACAGACAAGAAAGUUACCUGUUACCUGCUGUUACCUAUGCACCAUGAGGUGUUCAAGAGUAACAUGUUAAUGAUAAACAUCCGUGUGCAUGGACUGCAGAGCUGAGGGAUGGCUCGACGCCCGGCAACCCCGUUGAGGUUUCUGUGGCACCGCCGCGCGGUCACCCAUCCAUGGAAACAUCCCGUAGGAUCACCUUCAUCGUGCUUGUCGAAGCUGGGUUGUCAGGGCAACAAUCGUACCACUCCUAUGUAGAUCUUUCCUCGGCUCCUUUGACUUCUGAGUAUGUCCUUGCCUUAAAAAGACACCCAUACACACGAUUCAGCGCUCUUUCUUUGAAGCCGUUUGGGUUAGAGUAGUCUAUGAAGUAGUCCUUUUGAUUACAUACAAUACAAUGCAUGUGUAGAGAGCAGCUUUCACUGGCAUUAAGCCGUAUUUACUAUAUCAUCGAUUAUUGUAGAAAAAAAGAGGUAUUUUUAUAAAAUAUCUUGGACUCAGAAUUUAGUGAAAUAGCAUUAUGUGAAUUGGCAGAUUUUAUUUAUUUUUUGCCUUUUAUUACUGUUGAAUCUGUGUGAUAGCAGUACUCUCUCUCGGGAAACAACUCAUUUAAAAAAAAUCGCAGCAGAGCAAGUGAGGCGUAGAUGGAAUAUUUAAUGAGGAUCUUCCCGCAGCUCAUCACGUGGUGGAAGGAGAUUCAACUGUAAAUCCUCCUCUGGUGUUGUGGACAUGUGACGCGGGACACACCCACAACCUUUACAGAGGUUUUCCUUCUGUGAACCAUCAACACGGAUCUGUCAUGGAGACGGGUUUCUCCUCGCAGUGGGAUUUUGUGUAAAUAGAGGGACGACCUCACUGGCCCUCCCCCUCCUCCCACCAUCUAAUUUUAAACAUAGUUACAUGAGACCGACUCCUCUGAAUCACAUGGUUACAUAAAUACAUGCAUAACUCCCUCCAUAUAUAGUGGGCACACGUUCAGACUCCCUCUCUGAAUGUGGUGCAGAUGGACCUUUGGGUCUCACUGCAGUUAUGGACUCAAACAUCAAACAUUCAUGUGGAUCAAAGGUCUAAGAAAAGAUGGUGGAGUAGGUUGUAGUGACUGUUAAGUCCUCGGAGCUUUAUGAGUAACAUGUGAUGGUGAAACAUGAGAAACACAGUCGCAUAUUUCCAUCUACACCCAGCCAGUGUGUUCACUAAAGGUGACAUAUGUAAGAAUUAUAUCAUAUAAAGAUAUUAACUAAAACAAGCAAAAGAAUGUGGAGGAAAUAAUAGAUUUAACGUCAUGAUGGACAUCUAUGUGCAGAGUUGCUGAGAUGUCUACAAAAAUUAUCAUGCUAACCAGCUAGCCCCGGCCUGUUGUGUUUCACAAAACCACUCCGAUCUGCCGGUCCAGACCACGUGCUGCACGGCAAACCGAGGUAACUAGCUAACGGCAGCUACAGUUAGCUAGAUAUGCUGAAUCUAAGAGGUGGCUAAUUAUUACACAUUGCAAACAAAUGACAAACACAUUUUUGCUGUUUCCAUCAAAGUUCACCAAAGCUCAGAGAGAUAUCUUAAAUUUACAUCCCCGUUCUAAAAACCCAAAAAGUAAAUAUAAAAUGCCCGAAAACUAAAUAAAGUAAAAGCUUUUCACUACAGGCCACUAUUUGGUAUUUUUUCUGUAGGAAUCAUUGAUCAAUUAGAAUUAUGAUUUAAAAAAAACUUAAAACUUUUCCUGGUCACAUUCCGUGGUAAAGAUGCACUAUGUAAAUCUGCUUUUGGAAAAAUGCUCAUCACAUGUAGUUCUGUAUUCUCCUCCCUUCAGAAUAACUCAAAAAUACAUUCCAUUUUGUUCUAAUAUUUACAAACACCUGUGCACCUUUAUCAACCAUAAACUAGAUGCAUCGUCGUUGCAUAUUGGAUGUUUAUUAUUCAUUAUAAAGUACUUAUCCUAAUUACCACUCUUUGAUGAUAGUAAUUUGUUGAACAUGUAUUGAGCAAAGCAUAUUAAGAUUGUAAUUCAUGUAAAUCAAGGUUCUUGGCUUACUCAGUAGAAAUGAGGUUAUUGUGGUAACACUCUUAGUUAAUAAACUAUUAGUUGUAGAUUAUUGUCAUGCAGAAUAAGGCAAAUGAUAAAUGCUUUAUAAUGACUAUUAAGUAUCUGAAAUUCCAUUAAUAUACAUGAUAAUAAGCAACUAGUUAAUGGUUAAUAUGUGUUACAUAAUAUAAAAGUCUUUCCCAUUUUCUUCAUCAGCCAGUAGAGUUGAAUCAACCCCAUUAUGAAACACUGGAGCCACCUACAGGUCAGCCUGUGAAAGUGCAGUUUCGGCGUACUGAAGGUCAGACUCUGCUCUUUUUUCCUUUUUAUGUUUUAGAUGUUGAAUCCAAACGAGUCUGUACAGUAACACUUACACUGUACACGAAUCAAGGAUGGGAUUUUAAUCAAUGUGUCUGAUUCCCUGGAGAAUUUACUGCUGUGAUCUGGGCUUCUGGCAAAGCACCAGCCACUUAUUUGCAGUGUGUGUGUUUUAUUGCAAAGCAGAUUAGCUUUAAUGUUUUAACUAGUGUCCCCCUCUUGUGUUACAGAGUGAGAAAAUAAUAUAACACAGGGCUUCUGACUGAGGUCACACACACACACACACACACACACACACACACACACACACACACACACACACACAAAUAGUCACACACUGUCACACCUUGAGUCCCCUUAUUUGGGGCUAUGGCUGCAAGUGCAAGUAUUAAGGAUUAUUUGACCAUUAAUUAAUUCAAUUAGUUUAUAUCAUGUAAAAAUAAAUAAAUAAGUGCUCAACACAGUUUUCCUCAGCCCAAAGAGUCAUCUUCAGAAUUGCUUUAUUUUUCCAACCCACAGUCUGAAACCCCACUCUUGACUGUCAGCAGAUCUUUACAUUCAAGAAGCAGGAACCAGCAAAUGUCUGACAUGUUCUGCUUGGAAAAAUGACUGAAAUGAUGAACUGAGCAAUCAUUUAGUCUAGGUGUGAAAAAAUGUUUAAAUGUUUAAAAAAAAAAAAAUACUAGACACAACUUGCCAGAGCCCAAAGUGACACCCUAAAAUAACAUAUUUAAUGCCUGAAGAAUGACUGAAUCAAUUAAUAAAAACUGUUUGAUUAACUGACUUUAGUUGCAGCUCUGUUCGGAGCAAAAGAGGGAAUAUAAAUAUGUAGAGUGAAAACUAUGUGAAGCAAAUCCAUUGUGUGCACUGUUCAUAUGGUACUGUAGAUGAAAAACCAAAAAGGUAGUACUGCUUUGCAUCCAUAUCCUUAUUUAUGUGCUUUUGAUUUUAAAUCCCCUGAUUACAAACUCAAUGCUACAAGUCGUCAGUUUCACUUGCUGUGCCUUAACGCAUUUAUUAAUGCCUCACCAACACACUACUGAGAAGAAACCCCCAUGCCAAGAAGGUAUGCCAUAAACAACUCUGCACAUUAUCCGGUCCCCACCUGCCUACAGAUGAUUGAUUAUAUCCAGCGUUUAGGUCCAGAUGUCUCGGAGAUCUUCUUUGACAUUAGGAGAGAAAAAAGGUUUAUUUGACUGUAAAAUGCUUGCAGUGCUCUAAAUAAAUACUCUGCACUGCUCUGCUACUCCCACAUGUAACCAAUACAUCUCUGGUGAUCACUGUAAAUACAGCACUUUUAGAAAGUGUCACUACUGCAGAAGCCGAUUCCUUUUUUUCCCUCCUACAUCGGCGACUGAAUCGCAGCGGUUGUGCGAGGAGGCAGGGGCGAAGCUUUGUGUCGUGUUAGAGUCGAGACCAUAGUGAAAAAAAAAAAAAAUACUCACGAAAACCUCCUCAUGCUUACUUCAUCCAUCGUUCUACCUGCAUGUCUAGACAACUUAGCCUGCCAAUGAAUGUUGCAGAUGCCUUACAAAAAAAAGAAGUUAAAAAAAGUGGGUUUUUUUGUUUUUAUCUCCUCAAUUGGCCUCGUGGGUUUUUUUUGUUUUUUUUUGUUUUUUUCCGGACUGACAUGUAUCACGAAGCACUGUGUCAGCUCUGUUUCUUUCAAAUUGAUUUCCCGAUGGGUACCUUCUAAAGUGCAAUUUUAACAAAGUACAUAUCUUUCCAUGAACACUGUACACUGCUGCUACAUAGUGCUUGUUCUAAUAAAACUGUAAAACUCAA